AUGGCUGACAAAAGGAAAGAAGAGUUACAAAAGAAAAGGGCAAAACUUGAAGAAUUAAGGAGGGCAAGAGAGGAUAGAAAGAAUACACCAGUAGUAAAAGAGAAACCACCAGUACAGCAGCAGCCGAGUCGUAAAGAUGAAUUAGAUGCUAUUCUUAGAGAUUUGUUAGAUACAAAAUCUGGACCGAAAGUUGAACCGGUACAAACACCGGAACCCGCGUUACCUGAAGAAGCAGAAUCUACGGGAACACCUGGACAAAAUUCCACCGAUACCACAGGACCGCCAACCACCUCUUCCGAUACCAUCUCGAGUUCCGAUAUACCUUCCUCAACUGUUACUUCGGUGGUAACUCGUUUUGUUCCAGAAUUUACCUCAUUCGAUGAAAUUGUAUUAGAUCUUCCUCCAAAGGAAAUUGUGUAUUACACUAAAGAAGCGCAGACAAUAGAUACUUCAUUUACCCCACCGCCUCCAUCAGAAGAGACAAUUCGUGAAAAGGUUUGGAAAGAGUUCGAGGCUGAACAAAAAAUCAAAGAAGCUGCUGCGGAAGAACAACGUCUACAAUUGGAAGCUGAAAAGAAGAAGAAAGAAGCAAAACCUAAUGAUUUAUCCGAUCAAGAAAAAAAGAAUAUUGUUUUAUCAUCAGAAUUUAAUGAGUUCGUAGAGCAUACAA